GGGGCAGCCGUCUGUCUAGGCAGACGGGGCCGGGAGCGGCGCGCGCGCGCCCCGCCAGCCUCUGGCGCGCCCCCGGCGGCCGGGGCCGCAGCGUGCUCGCCCCCGCCGCCAGCUCGCCUCACUUAUGGGUCGGAAACGCUGCGUGGGGGAGACUGUUCCAAGAUGGCGGCGGGUUGCUGCGGGGUGAAGAAGCAGAAACUGUCCAGUUCGCCCCCCUCUGGCUCCGGUGGCGGUGGUGGCGCCUCCUCCUCCUCCCACUGCAGCGGAGAGAGCCAGUGCCGAGCUGGGGAGCUGGGACUAGGAGGCGCCGGUACGCGGCUCAACGGGCUGGGAGGUCUAACCGGAGGAGGUAGCGGCAGCGGCUGUACCCUCUCUCCCCCCGAGGGCUGCGGCGGCGGCGGGGGGAUCGCCCUGUCGCCACCACCGAGCUGCGGAGUGGGGACCUUACUUUCUACCCCGGCCGCCGCCGCCUCUUCCUCACCCUGCUCUUCGUCCGCCGCCCCGUCCUCAUCGCCGGGCUCCCGGAAGAUGGUGGUGUCAGCAGAGAUGUGCUGCUUUUGCUUCGAUGUGCUCUACUGUCACCUGUACGGAUACCAGCAGCCCCGGACCCCCCGAUUCACCAACGAGCCCUACCCACUGUUUGUAACAUGGAAGAUUGGUCGAGACAAAAGAUUACGUGGAUGCAUAGGUACUUUUUCUGCCAUGAAUUUGCAUUCAGGACUCAGGGAGUACACACUUACCAGUGCCCUUAAAGAUAGCCGUUUUCCCCCAAUGACAAGGGAUGAGCUGCCACGGCUUUUCUGCUCAGUGUCUCUGCUCACUAACUUUGAAGAUGUCUGUGAUUAUUUGGACUGGGAGGUGGGUGUACAUGGCAUUAGAAUAGAAUUCAUCAAUGAAAAAGGAUCAAAACGCACCGCCACCUACCUACCGGAGGUUGCAAAGGAGCAAGGAUGGGACCAUAUUCAGACCAUAGACUCCUUAUUGAGGAAAGGAGGAUACAAAGCUCCAAUUACUAAUGAAUUCAGGAAAACCAUAAAACUGACCAGGUAUCGUAGUGAAAAGAUGACCCUGAGCUAUGCUGAAUACCUUGCUCAUCGCCAGCAUCAUCAUUUCCAAAAUGGCAUUGGGCAUCCCCUUCCACCAUACAACCAUUAUUCCUGACACUGAGCCGCACAACCAGUCACUGGGCCUCUCUGCAGACCUCUUCCCAGGAGACCCUACACCUUCUUGGUCUAGCUAUCUCUUUUAUUGUACCAUUUUAUGAUGAUAGUUUCCGUUGCCAUGGUGAAGCUUCGACAUCGUCAAUUAAGAUCAUCAUGGUAACGGGUAGGAAAAUCGCAUUUGUUAAGAUCCUGUUUUAUUAUUUUAGAUAAUUGAUUUUUUUGCAGCAUAUAUAACUUUGGGGUUUUUGUUCCCUACAAUAUUAUGUAGAAUUUUGCUCUGCUAUCUCAGUCAGGUUUCUGUUUUUCCGUCCUUCUUGCCUUUCUUUCUGUUUUGCUUCCUGUUUUCCUUCUUC